AUGUCUACCACAUCCGUUUACAACGAGCGCGAUUUCGAAGCGAAAACGACGAAACAACUAGCUCAGUUUUACAUUCUGGGUCAAACUGCCCUCCACAUAUUCCAAUCUCGUUUUGAUCCUGAGACGCUCCAGAACCACAAUGCCCGAUUGCCUCACUACACGAUGGCAGAACAAACAUGGCACCAACAUCCUGAGGUAAACCCGGUCGACUAUCCGGUGUCACUCACUUCACAAGCGGUCGCUGGCUUUUACAAGAAAUGCACUGACCUGCUGGAGAAGGCCGGAGAAGAAUCUACUGCGAUCCAUUAUGAUCUUCCUGACUUUGCCCUGCCAGGCUCAUCUAGCAACGGUGCACAAUUCAUACACACAAUAACAGCAGAUCAUGAUAGAGGGAUGUCGAGUCGCAUUGCUCGAGCGGCGGCAAAGUUGGCUGAGGAGACCUUGAAAGCUUCACAAAUGCAAACGGCCAUCACCCAAGACGCGAAUCGCAAGGUUUGUCUUGGGGACAGACUUCGGUUUCGAGAUAACAACGGGAUCAUCCACACUGUCUACAUUAAAGACAAAGGUUCAACUCAAUUGAGAGGACAAUUCUACAUUGUCACCACCAUCCUUGACCGCGAAGCUGAUGAUGGCAACAAGGACUGGGAAGUCUCAGCUGAGGAAAUGGCGGACUGGGUUCUCGCGGCGUGUUAA